AAUGACAAUCCACCAACAGCGAAUCCCAAUACGAAUAAACUUCUAAUCAGCAGCAAAUUAAAUUUCACCCUAGAAGCCCUUAAACAAUCAGCACUUCUAGAAACCAAGGACAAUCUUUUCUUCAGCCCUCACAGUCUCCACGAAGCCUUGACCCUCGCCUUUUUCGGAGCUCGAGGUACCACUGAAGAGGGUUUGAGACAGGCUCUCCGGAUCCCCGACUCUUUAUCCAAAGUCGAUAUCCAGCGGUCUUAUGCCCUAGAAAAGUCCCUCAAGGAGUUCGCUGCCCUAACGGGAAAUGUGUCUACCAACUACGAAUUCAAAACAGCAAACCGUCUAUGGAUC